GUCUAUUAGUGCGGGGUGAGUGAGCUUCCGCUGCUGCAGUCGCCUUCAUUUGCUCAAUUAUUAGUCCAUAACCUUAAUGAAGGUUUUCUCUCGGCCACAUAUAGUCAAUUAGGAGGCGGCGAUUUAAACGGCUCCAGUAGCUCCGGGCGCACCGGCAGCAAAUUAACUUGAAAGGCUGAGUUGAGAAGCCACAGGAGGAUGCUGGGAAGUCAUCUCAGUGAAUUCACACUAUUCAUCACAAGGCUGGCUCCACAGCAGCCAGGUGGGAGAGACUCUCAUCCUCCAGCGGACUUUGAAGGGGGUCAGACAUGAGGUCCGGGGGCCAAAUCCGGUCUGCCAAGCCGGCGUACGUUGCCAGUGAGAGUUUGAACCGUUGAUAUCGUGAGCCCCGAAAAUCCCUUGCCGUCUGGCAGUGGUGCAGGAGGAAGCGUGUUUGAUGACAUGAGUCAAGAGUCGGCUUCACUGACACACGGAACUAAGAUGCAAUUGCAAAUGAACAUGUUCACGUCUUUAAACAACAGUCCACUCAUUGUUCAUGGCUUGAAAACGGGCAUUUCUGGGCCUUUAGAAAAAGUAGAACCAAGCAGUACAAGUCACCAAGGAGGUAGAACACGUCACCUGAAGAAGAGCCAUUCAUUCACCAAGACGACUGGGGCUUCAUCUUUGAGACAAGAAUGCGCCCUUGAAUGUUUCUGGUGAUGAAAGCAGUGUGAAAAACUUGGUUAGUUUUGGAAGUACAGGUCAGUUAAGUGUCUAUUUCUGGUGAAUUCUGAUGCAACAAAUUGUGGUUGGUGUUGGAUGGUGGCGGCUAAAUCAGUCCAUCCAUUGUUUUUCUGCUCAUCCAACGUCAUGCGACAAAUGGCCUCAGCGAGACACAAGAUCCAAACUUCCCUCUUUUGAGCACACCGGAUGUGAUGGGCUGAUGAGGCUUCAUGAAACAGUGUCCUCACUUUCAGAGCCCACUACAUGGCACUAAAAUCUUUAGAUUUCAUUCCAGUGAAACCUCACAUCAUUUUAAAACUGACAGCGGCACCUACUGAAUCCCUUGCCGUCUGGCAGUGGUGCAGGAAGAAACAUGUUUGAUGGGAUGAGUCAAGAGUCUGUGCUGUCGGAGCCAGUUAUUACUUGUAGCGUCUUCGGUCUUCUUGCGCAACAUUGUGUCCUGAAUGAAGGUGGCGAACUCACUUGUACACGUGUUCUGAUGGCAAUGACUAGCCAAUACCUGUUUUGUUCUUGUGUGAAGAUGUUUCAUUGUCCAAUAUUCCAGAAGGCGAGGUAACACAUCGUUCUUUCUUCUUUAAAAAAGAUUUGACUUUGCACAAAAAAAGAAAGGGAACCUCUGACAUGCUGCAAACACAGUAAAAAACAAACAAACAAACAAAAAAAAACCACCUGGUUGGUGCGCCACCUCUGGGCAAACCAAAAAAACUACACUUAAAACAAAGACACCCUUAUAGCAAAAUUAAUAUUGUGGCUCAAACAUAGCUGUUCAAACUGCCCAUAAACUCUCAGUCCCUCGAGUCUCCCAAGUUUCUUCUGAACUUAAAUCUGAAAUCAUUUUCAUAGAGGAUCGAAUCCCCCUGCACACGUUAUUUGCAGUGGUAAAGAUGUAAGCAUUUUUAAAUUCCAAGAUGUUAAAUUAUUCAUUACCUGCAUGAGAAUAAAGUGGAAUAUAUGGAGCACUGGCUGCAUAUUUAGGAAAAAUCUGUCUAAUGAUCCGCUGAAUAUAAAUAAGCUCUGCCUUUUGAAUUAAUCCAAGAUUUAGUUUGAAAUUUAAACCACUUUUUCAGGCAGAAUCAAACUGUGGCAUGUGGGCCGUAUUCGGCGCGUAAAGACUUUUAGCUCCGCCCACUGGUCGUCAGUAAAAAAAGACACAUUUCUCCUGUACGUCAGUUCUAUUUUCUCACAGGAUUCUGCAACCAAUAGCCAGUUUAUUUUCCGAGCAUUUACCCGAUGGAUGAGAUACAGCAAUCCGUGUCUUCAGAUGAGCUCAUCAUUCCCGCCUUGCUCAUCCACGUGCGAUCGAUCUUGUGUUUUAAAUCAUGAGCUUGUCUCAAACUGGUGUUGAAAUUGAGACCUCCUGACCCGAGACCAGAGCAAACAGAGACCAAGACCAAUGAGGGGGGUGAGACGAAGAGUAGGGUGAGACCUAGACCAAGACCAGGAUCAAACUGGAUACAUAACCCUACAGGUCCUGUGUUUAGUUUGGUCUCUGUCUUGGUAUUAGUCCCGCCCUCCUCAAUGGACUUGGUCUCAGGCGCUCAGAGUCUUGGACCCUGUCUCUGCAUGCUCCAGUCUCGAUCUCGACUAGAACACUGAAGCUCAGUGGACUGCAGUGGACUAUAACCCCUGUGGUAAUGAAGGGAUUACUGUAGUGCCGCUGACUCACUGUAUCGUAUUGUUGACCACUCGACUGCACCGCUGGCUCUCACAGCUGUCAGUGGUUUCACACUGACUUCAAUUGCACUGACUUGACUGCACCAGGAGGCCGGCAGUAAUCCAUGAAGAUGUACCGACAUUUCUCAUGACACACUGACGCUGGAACUGGACUGUAGAAUCCAAUACCUGCAGCCCCUGUGAUGCUUUCCUCCGAAACAUUCAGGCGAAGAUCACGACAAUAUUUGUCAGUUUGUGAUGUCCCUGUAAUACCCGACUAGAGGGCGCACUUCAGACUCACUGACCCUCGUGGUGUGGAGUAUUCUUGUUCGCUUUCAACCCUUUUUUAGAAUUGUUUUUGGUGAAACUGAGCAGCGGUGAGCGUUCACUAUUUGUGAUGUGGUGAAUAAAUUGUACGAUAAAUUACAUAUUGAUGCUUUGAUCCAGCUGAAAGUCUUUGAUGUCAUGACUUUAAAACAAGUAAUCCAGAGGGGAGAUGACGGUCAUCAGGUGAUCUCAUCCUCCGUCCGGGUCAGCUGGAGUGUGGACUGUCUGGAUCAUUUGUGAGCAAAGCCUUAUUUUUGCGGAGAAACGUUACACAGCUGCUGCCAUUGUUUCACGCUGCUUUCAUCACCGUGACUCCUUAGACAAGCUCAUAUUACCGUUGAGAUACUUUCAGAAAUGAAGCUUCUCGUCUUCAAAAAUGCAGACCUUUUUUUUUUUAAAGAGAAUUUGAAACUCAGUCUUGUACUGAUGGAUAGAGAAAUUGGUUUGAAUUGUACUCUAGAAUCACAUGUGGCGCCCCCGGUGGCCAGAGAACCUGCUCACGUGCGUCUACGUUUCUAACGCUGAAAUAAUGCAUUGGACCACCUGCCUCCUCCACUCAAUCUUUUCUCGCCUCUUGGAACUUUUCAAUCUGCUGCCUUCAUUUUCCUGUCAGAAGUAGGAUCCAGUCCAAACAAGACGCCAGAGCUGACACUGAUGUGGCAGGUGUUGUCUUUUUGUCGUCUGAGAAGUUGUUUUAUUGUCACAUUCGAUGUGUAUCAUGAGUUUAAUGAGUCUCUGGACUCUUGAGUCUUUCAAAGUUAUUCCCACCUCUGAUGCAGUUUCAGAGCCAUCUGUCAGUAUAUACUGUAGAACAUUAGCUGCAAGUGUGGGUGGAAAGUGAAAGUGGACCUAUGUCAGAGUUCAUGUUCUACUUAAAAUACACUCUUACUUGAAAUAUUUCAUUCAUAUUUAUAUGAAGUGAUAUUUAAAAAAUACUUCUGACCACUUUUUUUCACAAGAGCAUCAAGGCCCUGGGUUCAACUCCAGCAGGAGGCAGCGUUAGGCUGACUGUGUUCUCCUACAUUGAUGUCUGAACCAUGGGCUUGACUGGACUACCUCGCCCUCCUAGUGGCUGGAACAAACAAGUGAAACAUUUUGAUCCAAAGAAUUGACAGACAUUUGAAAAAAAACACACAAAAUAACAAACAUAUUUCCGGCACAUAACCCUUUAUUUACAAUCCUGUCGCCACCAACAGGAUUUCUCAGUUGAAAUUACUGUAACUCCUCAAAGGUUUAUCUCAUCUAGAACAUCACUACCCCAUCUGAUAACAGAGAACCAGGGCUUUACGCUUAUGUGUUUGGUGCUAAUGGAAGCGAAAACUAUGAGUGUUUGUACUCACCCAGCUGGACGUCACUGAGAGGAAGCAAGAUGAAAAAAAGGCUGUUUUUGGAAAACAGGUUUGGAGUUAGAAAGUGAGUCGGAAUGGGAUUUUGGCAGUUGUUUCAACAUGUGGGUCUCACCUAAAACCAUUCAUAAAGCGUAAAGUUUCAUAUUUUAUCUAUCUGUCCAGCGUUGACAAUGCAUUUCAUUUUAACGUUAUUAUUUUUAAAGUAUAAAGUGGUGGAAUCCACUGUCUUUUUCAUCUUUUUAUUAUUAAAUAAUACACUUGUUUGGAGAACGUCAUUUAUUUGACAAAAACAUUGACACAUUCCCCACAUUUUUUAAUCAAUUCUACAGCCAUAAUAUCCAAAUAAAUCCAGGCCACCUGUUCAGAACUGCAGUCGUGAAAGUGGUUGUGACGAAGUCACAGCAAGUCUGCAGGUGGAGGGUGAAUGAACCCUGAGUAACUGAUAAAAUAUUGUCUCAUAACUGAGCAUCAUCGCCUGUAUGUCAAUGCGGAAACACUCAUCUCCGCUGGUGUGGUGGAGUCUGAGCAGCUCUGACUCCCGUGCCAUGGCCACUCCGGCUUCACGGCUCACAGGAGGCGGACUCUUCUCUCUGAAACUGUCAGAUUAAACAUUACAAUCCCACGGUGCUUUUGAGGAUAAAGCCCGAAGAUUUGUCUCCUCUUAAAACUGUCUCGCCGCAUUACAGAGGCUCAGUUUCUCGGGGGCUGCGGGCGCUCGGCCAGCGAUGCCUUCCGGCCCCUGGGGGCAGAGCAUACACACAAACUGAUCUGUCAGCUCCAAUCCUGUGAUUUGGAGGUCUGAACGCACAUGGCAGUCAUUGAAAACAGGGCUGUUUAGUCGCGGGAGCGCAGCGCGCCGUUGUCAUAAACAAUCCCGCGGCUCCAGUCCGCCGCAGAGAAACGCUGACACUCUGUCAUUUGCCGGGGCAUGUAGGCCUCGCCGAGACUCCUCGCUGGCUAAUCUGGCGCUUGUUCCGCGCGCGGCUCAAGUGUCACAGUAAACGCCGUACGCGCGACUCCUGCUUUACGCUACGAUAUGCACUCUGGUGUUUUUCCCCCCCGAAUUUAUUUCGCAUUUAAUGCUGUGUUGUGACAGGCUGUGUUUACGGAAGGGCUGAGACCUGGCAACAAAUUAGUGGAGGAGAGGUUUCUAGCUUUUACCUAGCUGGACGGAUAUCACAUGAAAAGUUGAGCGUGCAGUCAGUUUUCAGUCUUAAAUAAACACUGAGGCUCCCAGUUAUGAUGCACUGAGCUGAUGCUGUAUUUCUGUGAGCUGAAGAAUCUUCCCCAUAAGACAUUCAGACUCUUUACUUUGUGGAACCUUCAUUUGAGACCCUUUUAAGUACAUGUACGGAUUCUUCCAAGGCUCGUCUCCGUCACUGCUGCCAAGGCUAAACCCAUCGACAGAUCGUCUCAUUUGGAGUGAAAUGUGUUUUGAAAGAGAUUUGGAAUCCAAAUAUAGCUCCUUUAUUUACUUUUUUUAAUUGUUUUCAAUAGUUUUUGGCUUUGUUUAAGGGUCCUGGACUGAAAACUGUUGUUCCGUUGGUAACUCAGACAUCCAUCUGUGAGUUAAAAAUGAUUUCAGUGCAGACCGCGGGUCGGUCGGUCGGUCAACCCUGCGCUGAUUUAAAUGAUGCGCAUCAUCAUUUUCCGGGUCGCAGAGGGACACAAAGUGCGAGAACUUUCUGGAACUCUGGAACUGGCCCGUCUUCACAGCACCGCGACUCCCAGGUGGCUCUGGCGCUCAGCUGUUUCCUACCUGCGUUUCAUGUCGUUGAAUCGUCUUCACUCGGUGAUUCCUACUUUUCAAACUUUUUAAUGAUCAGGGACCGAGCCGUCCCAGUUUGGCACCGCCACUCUCCGCCUUAAACGCUCGCCGCCACGUCCAAUUCGCUCUCACUUCCUCUAGCAGACAGAUGCGACUCCUUCCUCCGUCGGGAGCCGAGCUUCGUGAGCGUGUCUGAUUGAUGUCAGCGCUUUGGACGAGUGUGAGCUUCAUUUACUGUUGUUUUCUCCCGGGUCUUUUUCGGAUGUGUGUGUCAGCUCACGAGUUGGUUUGUGUGCAGCUGUUGGCACUUUUACAUUUGUUUGUGUGUCGGCGUGACUUUGAGUGGCAGUGCCACCGUUUGCUGACUCGGCAGAAAGAAGACUAUUUUCUCUCUGGCGCAGUUUAAUAUUGGUGCUGCCUUUAGAGUUAGUUCAGGGGUCACCAACAUGGUGCCCACCGGCCUUUGGAAAAAAAAAAAAAAAAAAAAAAAAAAAAAAUAUAUAUAUAUAUAUAUAUAAUAUAUAGCUAUGUGGAAACAUGCAGAAAUACGGAGGAAAUGAACGGACAAGUGACGUCUGUAUCUGAAACGUUGAAUAUAAAUGUACCUUCCUGAUGAGUCAAAACUGAUUUGAUAUAUCAUAGAGACUCAUCCUCGUACCUUGUAUUGUAAGAGCAAAGUGAAAACAGAAUACAGAAGAACAAUUCUAUGAUAUAGAUGCGUGAUUGUAUCGUAAAGUGUUGUUCUCGGUCUUGGUCACUGUCUUGCUCUGGUCUCAGUCACAACACUGCCCUGAGCCCUUUAAUGCCACCACUCAUACUUGGGAACAGGCAUCAAAGAUUCACUAUUUAACACCUUGGGAGUGAGAAUGUGCUUAUCAGCCUCAACCUGGGUUCCACCAAGAGUUUUACUUCCUAACCCUGUUUGUGGUUGGUGAGAUUUUCACUGAGUUUCAGUCGAUAUUUAGUGAAGUGCGACUCGUACUCGUGAAGUGCCACUUCACUCAGCUGAGGCGGACUCCCUCCCUGCCUCACGUCUUCAAACUCGAGCUACAGAGGUCCAACAGUACCAGCUGGCAGCUGAGCGACUAGACUCAAGAGGGCAGGAGGAACAGAAAAUGCACGGCCAGAGAUGACGAAUCCUCCUGAUGUGUAAAGCGACGUUUAAGUUUCCCGUCACGUCUCCUGCAGCUAGUGUGAAGGCAGAGUCAUGACUCACGGGUGAAUGCUAGUCCCAGCUCUCCCACCGCAAACCUUCAUUGUGAAGUUUAAGAUGCCAUUUUAAAGUCAGUGCUUAUCUCCUGCUCAACAAUAUCAGCAUGUUUCACCCGAGUGCAGCGUCUCCACUUCCCGCUCACAAACAUUCCUGGAUCAGUGUUUCAUAUUUCCUCUCCCUCAAACGUGUUGUGGAUAUACAGUAAUCCCGGGCAUUACAAGCCCGACGUGACACUCAGACGCAGCGACUCUGAGCUGGGAUUAGAGAAAAGUUAAAGAAGGCUUCACGGGAAGCGACACUUUAUCUGAGCGGCAACGGCAUCAAUAUGAACCAGGAAUGCACCACAGUAAUGCAGGGAGCCCACAAGGACACGCCGCUAUCGAUUUGUCCUCGAAGUCGCAGGUAACCAUUAGCUGAAGAGCCAGCGGAGACUCCAUUAGCCGACGCUGUGAUGCUUCAUUAUGUGCUUGUUAACAGGAAGUUUAAUGAAUUCAGAUCAAUGAUUUUGCUCAACAUGGUUUUAUGUUUUUCAAGCAACUCAAGGAUGUUUCAGAAGCAGGAGGUUUGAAGCGUUCCUGCAGGCCACGGGGGCCACCAGAGACGCGUUGAAUCUGCUCACGCCGCGCGAAAAAAUGGCUUUGAUGAAGGCACGGUGAGAAAUAAAUAAAUAAAACACGCGGCUUUAAAAACAGAUUUUUUAAUCACAGUGAUUUUAUUUGUAAAUAAUUCACAAACAAAGGUUUAUUUCUUCUUCGCUGUUUGGCCAUUCUUGAAAAUUUUACUUUCCCUCAAGUCAUACUGAAAACACUGCUUGUAAUAAAGCAUAAUUUAAAAUUUGAAUUUCACCUGUACUCGCCUGCUGAUUUAUAUUGAGAAUGUUUAAAGGAAAUAAUUAUAAACUUAAACGCACAACAUUCUUCCCCCAAAUAUUUUAGUGACAGAAUUGGUGUUGGUUUGAUGUCCCUCAACAGUCAGUGUGUGUAACGUGGCCCCGUAUUUCCCUUCUCUUGUUCCAAACCCAAAUCAUCAAAUCAGCCAAGCAAUGGAAUUUUAGCGAUGAAUUCAUUUUUUUAUGUAGCCAUUAGCGCAACAAUAAUUUAGCUGAGACCUGGAGAUGCACACAAGCCACGGGAGGGUAAAGAAAUACUUCUACUAUUGGACAAAUGAGGUGCACAAAUUGAAGUCCUGUAGUCUCCGGGGUCAAGGGUCAUCGAGUUACUGGGCACUGAGUUGCCACAGAUCAGCCGACCUCUGUGUGAAGGCAUUGUCCCUUGCUUGUGUUCAUCAUCAAAAGUCCAUGUCAUAUAGAGACCAGCUGACUGGUAGAUUUCCUGGCCUCCUCUACGCCGUGCUUGCUGCAGAGCUAACACUUUAUGUUUGUGUGUAUUUGUUUGUGUUUUCAGUUUCGGUGUGAAGUGUGUUUAAACAUGAAAACCCAGUUGGUGAAUUUUUCAAGCCGAUUUAAGCGUCCUCUCAGCAGCUCAUCACCUGUGUGUCAACAAUCCCGAUCUGAACCCGGUCUUGCGUCCGCCCUCCUCUCAGAGCGUCAUCUGAAAUGCAGAGCUGGACACUUCAUUAUCUCCCUGCCGUCCCUCACUGACCUAUAAAGGCGUCAUUCCGUGCUCACCGGCCACUUCCUCCCAGGUGGCCACAUCAGCGCUUCUGCUCUCCCUAAGUUUGUUUGGCGAUGCUGAAUAUUGCCCUUUUCUAAUAAGCAUUCAUAAUUUACCACUGCCUCGAAGGCAAUGGAAAGAGGAGGGGAGGGGGCUCAUGGACGGUGAUGGGAAGAGACUCAUUUUACCCGCUAGAUUAUCACUGGUGAAGGCUUUUCCAGAGCUGACAACAAUCUAUUGCAUGUUUGCUCCUGCUGAUAUAACCAUGGAGUGAAAACACGUGAAGACAGAAGACAUGAUUUUGGAACAAUAAUGGCUCUAUACACUUGAAUUAGCAGCACUUUUGAACCUCACUUUAACCCCUUUAGGACCACAAAUGGACACGUUACUUCAAUUAUUUUAAUGGAGGUGUUUUAAAAAAUGUGCUAUGAAUGAGAGAUUGUGCCCCUUUUUCCCAAACUGGUGAGUGUCCAGGUGUUUUUUAGCAGCUGUGGUAGGACUAAGGACUGCUCCAAAACUAAAGCUAAAGGCUAACAUUACCUCAUACUUGCUACGGACAAAUUGAAUCAUUUUAGUGACUCAAUGAAUUGAAUUCAUCAAAAUGAAUGCAUCUGUUUCCUGUCAUUCAUUUGGCAGUUGAGGUUCUUAAGUUUCGGCACCUGAUGGAGACAAUAAAAAUUUCAAUCGUAAUAAUCUGUUCUAUCUAUCGCCCACUCAGCGAGCCACUGAAUAAGAGAGCUGAACAUCGAGGCUUGAAUCAAGAUCCAAAAAAAGCCAAAAAUGAAGAUGCAGAGCAUCAUGGGAAGUCACGGAAGCUGAGCUUGUUCUCAGUUUCACAUCCCUAACUGGGGGAAAAAUUGGAAUGAAGUCCGGGAAACUAGUCCCAGUCAUGACCAUAUUUUGACCUCUAAUGUCAGAGUAGGUUCUAUGUAAAGAAUGGUGAUGGGUGGAUGAGACAUCAUGAAACCGUGUCCUCAUUUCCAGAGCCCAGUAGGUGGCGCUCUUGGGUUAAAAAUUGUGAAAAAUUGUGUGAGGUUUCUUUGAAAUGCCCGUUCAAAUCCAAAGAUUUUCGAGCACAGCGUGCCCUCUAGUGGGCUCUGAAAAUGAGGACACCUUCAUGAAGCCGUAUCUUCCCGUCACUAGUGAAGAGCCACAGAAUGGAAUACUAAAUAUGGUUGAAUAUGGCAUCUCUGGGAUUAGAGAGUCAAAGCUGAAAGGCCCUUGGCUUUUCUCCAACACUUGCCUAGCGACUCUGGAAGCCACUUGGCGAGUCAUUCUACUGGUGACGGAGGUCAGCACCCGGAUUUACCGCCUCUGCCUAUGUAACUGCGAAGUUUAUUGGCAGUUGUGGUCGAGUUUCCGCGGCCUUGGUUUACUUCCUGACCGGAUAAUUUACCAGCAAUUCUCAGCAUUGACAGGCACAAUCCUGUGACCUUUUCAAAGACAAAGGCCUUGGAAUUUAAUUGGAGUUGCUCAAGCUGCUUUCCUGCCAUGGCACGCACUUAAUAAGAGAGACAAAGUGAUUGAUGGGAACCCAAAAUUUCCCUGGCAUCGUCUCCUGGCCAGUCCUGGUGGUAUUUAGAAGGGGAAAGACUCGCUGUCCAUUUGGACAUCCAGUUUAAUGAUGGAUAUCAUUAUUAUUAUACUGUAAAAAGGUUGCCACCUGGCUUCUACUUUCCUGGGUUUUCAAGUUGGUCAGACCAAAGUUCAGCAUCAUCCUGUGGUUUGCUGAGUUGUUUUCCUUCUUGAUGGGAUGGUGGACUCCAAGAUGCCAGUGCCAGGAUGCAUGGAUUGGAAAGGAAUGGAGCUCCAGCCAACGCUCAGAUUGUGCACUCAGGAGCAGCCUGCAACGUGAAGGAUGAUAACAUCAGCGAGAGAAUCUACACCAUCAAAGAAGGAGACACGCUGGUGCUACAGUGCAUCGUCAAAGGGCACCCCAGACCACAGGUUCGUUGGACCAAGACAGCAGGAAGUGCGUCGGACAAGUUCCAGGAAACAUCCAUCUACAACGAGACGCUCCGCAUCGAGGGCAUCCAGCGGGUGCAGGGGGGUCGCUACUACUGUAAGGCCGACAACGGGAUCGGAGUGGCUGCCAUCCGGUCCAUCCGCGUCGAUGUGCAGUAUCUGGACACGCCGGUGUUGACCGUCCACCAGACCAUCAGCGAUGUGCGCGGCAGCUACUACCAGGAGAAGACGGUGUUUCUGCGCUGCACUGUCAACUCCAACCCGCCUGUUCGGUUCAUCUGGAAGCGAGGAACAACACUCAUCGAGCAGAGCAAGGACAACGGCGUGGACAUCUACGAGCCGCUUUACACUCAGGGUGAGACGAAGGUGCUGAAGCUGAAGAACCUCAGGCCCAAGGACUUUGCCGAUUAUACCUGCCAGGUGUCUGUGCGCAACGUCUGCAACAUCGUGGACAAGUCGGUGACUUUCAGACUCACCAACGCCACCGCGCCCCCGAUGAUCCGACUGGCGGUCAACGACACGGUGGUGGUGGAUCCUGGACAGGAUGUGAACAUCAACUGUGAAGUGACGUCAGGCUACCCUCCUCCCACCAUCACCUGGUCCCGGUACCCCGACCCCCUUCCUCUCAGCGCUCAGGUCCGCGGCUCCACUCUGAUGCUCCGUGCGGUGACGCCGUCCGACGCCGGCUUCUACAACUGCUCGGCCGUCAACAACGUGGGGAACCCGGCACGCAAGAACUUCAACCUCGUCGUCAGGACGAUGAGCAACCUGACCUUCCAGAUCACGCCAGACUCCAACAAGGACAGCGAGACCAUCCAAAUGGGCCGCGACCUCAAGCUGUCAUGCCACGUGGACGCCACGCCGCAGGACAAGGUCAACUACACCUGGUACAAGAACGGAGCACUGGUCUACAACUCCGAGAGCCUGAUCCUGCUGCGCAGCGACCCGGACAUGGCGCCUGGAACCAGCAGCCUGGAGAUCGUGGACAUGAAGUUCAGGGACUUGGCCACCUACAGCUGCGUGGCCAACUUUCCUGGGAGCAGAGUUCCCGAACUGAGAGUGGACGUCAACAUCUCACAGAACAGCGUGUCUCCCCCGAUGCUGUCGGUGCCCCCUGGUGGUCAGACGGUCGUGGCUCGUGAGGGUGGCACGGCUGAACUGGUGUGCCUGGUGGUGGAUGGGAAGCCUCGCCCGCCUAUUCUGUGGUCCCGGUUGGAGAAGGACCUGCUGAUGCCGUCGGGUCAACCCCUGGUGGAGACACCCAACGGUCGCCUGAGGCUGAAGAACGUCAGCCGGGACAUGAUGGGCUCGUACCGGUGCCAGACUGCGCCGUAUAACGGGCUCAACAUCAAGCGGCGCGAAGCGCAAGUCCAGCUCAACGUGCAAUAUCCGCCCAUCCUGGACCCGGUCUUUCAGGACGUCCGUUCCAGGAACUACCAGAUGGUGACGCUGCGGUGCGCCGUCCUCCGCUCCAACCCGCCGCGACUCAACGACAUCCGCUGGCUCCGUAACGGCGACUUCGUCCGAAUGCCCAUGCCGGACCUCAAGGAGACGCCGGAGCUCAAGUUCAAGCUGGAGCCCACCAGCAACGGCACGUACGAGUGCCGAGUCAGCAACAGCGCCGGGACAUCGACAUGCACCUUUAACGUCUCAGCUCAACCCUACAAUGCCGAGUUCUACUUCGACACGCCGAACCCAGUCCGGAUCCUGAAGGGGAACAACUACUCCUACAACCUGCAGUGGACCCAGAAAGACCCGGAGGCCACCGACCGCAUCAUCGGCUACUGGGUCAACGUCCGGAAGAACAAGGCCAACCUGAUGUCCAAGCAGAUCGACCUCAGAGGGAAGGAGCCUGAGAAGGGGGUGCUGAUCUCUCAUGUCAUAUCAGACCUGAGGAUCCCUCUCUCCUACGAGGUCCGCCUGGCCCCCAUCACCACCUACAGCACCGGAGAGUUCGUCAGCCGCAUCAUACAGUACUCUGAACCCUACACCUACCCGAGACCCUCAGACCAUGUGUGUGGCUUUGAAGAUGCACGCAUCUGCGGUUUCACCCAAGACCGGACGGAUGUCUUUGACUGGACACGACAGAACCACCUGACCCAGAAUCCCAAGCGGUCUGCCAACACUGGCCCGGAGACCGACCGCAGCGGGACAAAGGAGGGCUACUACAUGUACAUCGAAGCAUCGCGGCCGCGAGUCCAGUGGGACAAGGCUCGUCUCCUGUCCCCUCUUUUCAACGUGACCUCGGUGAAGGGGCCCAAGGGCUCGGGCAGAGUGGCGUACUGUGUCUCUUUCUACUACCACAUGAAGGGCAAACACAUCGGGACCCUCAACGUCCUCCUGAGAGUGAAAAGCAUCGCUUUCGUGGACACGGUCAUCUGGACCAAGUCGGGUCACCAGGGUCCGGAGUGGAGGAAAGCCUUCUUCGACAUCACCCCCAAUGGACCGUUCCAGAUCGUCUUUGAGGGAGUCCGCGGUCAAAGUUUCGAGGGGGACAUCGCCAUCGACGACGUCUCCAUCACGUUGGGGAAGUGCAAGCAAGAGAACACUGUUGCCAGUGCAGGUAAGACAGUUCUGAUCGGAGGCUCACACUCGCUGUCGCUGACCUGGUGGCUGACCGUGGGUCUGGCCUUCGCCCUGCUGCUGCUCUACAGAUGAUGAGCACUUGCCACGUCGACUCCUUCAGUCCAGGCUGCCCCCUUUUCCUCUCAGCCAACCCCCCUCCCCGCCGCACCCCUCUCCUCGCCAUCUCAUACGUCUUGCUUUGAUCGUACCACUUCCUCCUUUGCUUCUCAGCAUUUAAUCAACCGACUCACAAGACUUUCCCAAAUCCACCUCACCCCACCACCCCACCAUCGACCUUCAUGAUGUAUUCUCACCCGCCUCCCCCCCCGAUCCCCAGACACACCAAAGUGUCGGACACUCUACCAAAGAUGACAAAGGACCUGAGGGAAUAACAGGAGGGCCGGCAGCCAAGCGCCAGAGGAGGAAGGGAAUCCUUCUUUUCUUAGGUUUUCCCAGACUGUCAUCGUGCCCCAGAUUUUUGGGAAGAAAUGACAAGAGACAAUGAAGGAAAGAACGUUGAGCGAAAGCCUCUCUGCUUGCCCUCACGCUUGCCACAAAAGACUGGAAACCUCAGUGCGGAUUUUACGUGUACAUUUAAUCUAUAUAUAUAUAUAAAUAUAUAUAUAAAUAUAUAUAUGAGGUAUAACAAGACUGCAACACGAGGACGACGACGGACCUUUCAAAGUGGAAUUAAAGAAGCACAACGUUUAUACAACCUCUGCUAUUCCUUUGAGUUCUUUCUCGGAUUCUGUGAAAUUUGUCAGAGUGAUUCAGUGUUUUUGAUAUUUAGCUUUCUCUUCUUGGUUUUUGGAGGGGCAAUAAAGUAUUAUAUUAAUAUGAUGGGAUGGAUUUUUGAUCCAGGAGACGGAGCGUAUGGAGACAUUGAGAAGAUUUGUCGAGUCCGUUUCGUGUUACGUUGCAGACCGGAUCCGUUGCCUGGCUUUCUUGUGUAUCACGAGUUCAUUCCAAUAGGGGUCGGCAUUGAGUCCUAACACCUUAUCAAGAACAAUCAUGUUUUAACAUAUUAUUCAAGAAGCCAUGUUAGCCGCUGACGCAAGCCUAAAUUCAUUAUUAUUAUAUUUUGAAGACAUUGUUUGAGAUAGCAAUAUAUAAAGCUUUGUGUUACAAACAGAUGGAUAUUUAGAAGUGAGCAAAUGUCUUCAGAAAUGGAACAAAAAUGUGUCUUAAAUGACAUAAAAAUGACCAAUUUACCAAUAUGGGCGACAACAUCCACAUGUAAUCCUACAUCUUAUCGAAUAUUCCUCAUGUAGCAUCUGACUUGGCCUUUAAAACCAGUCCCAGGUUCACCUGGCUAGCACCCAGAUGGCAUGACCUUAGGAUCAGUGUCCAACCUCAUUGGUGUUCCGUAUCAUGGCGCAAGUCUCUAAAAGGCUCCCAAAACGUUCCCCAAACCCUUCAGGUUUGGGUCUCCAUGCUGGCUGUGUGACUAGGUUUAGACGGUUCCCCAUCCCAUCCUGGAGUCUUUCCACUGGAGCAGAGUUGAAUUGUGAUACAUUUUCGGAAAUCUCUGUUUAUUUUAUUUAUUUAUUUAAAGGAAAGUAACUGCCAAUACGUCCCAUGGAAUUAAAAAAAAUGAAUGGGAGGUUCCAUUAAAAUGGUUGUUCAAGUCUGAAGAUUUUAGAGCAGAUAGUGCGUAUCAAGUGGCAUUUGAAAAUGGGGACAGUGUUUCAUGAUGCUUUCUAUUUAGUAACUCCUGCGUCAUAUGAACUGUGUCUUUACAAUUUCAUCAGUCUUGGGGGAGAAAGACCUUCCUGAGACAGAUACACUUCUGUUGGUCUCAGAAGCCGAGUCAGGUUGGAACCUGAACUGAGCUGAAGCCCACUGUCUGGUGGAAACACUCAACGCAAACUUGUGAUGGGCCGAUGAGGCUUCAUGAAACAGUGUCCCCAAUUUCAGAGCCCACUCUCUGACACUCUCUGCUCUAAAAUAUUCGGAUUUGAACAAAACAUUUCAACAAAAGCUCACAUCAUUUUUGAACCAUUAGCGCCACCUACCAAUCUCCAAAACUAAUCACAGUGUUUCAUGAAGCCUCAUCAGCCCAGGACGAUAGGACACCAUGACUAACUGCGGCUCUUUAUGAAGUGACCCCAUGUAAAGUUCUGGAUAACUGCGCUGAGCAUAUUAUUUGAAGGCGCAUCACGUCCCGCCCAGGAAAGACACACCUCCAUCGAGCUCUUCCAGGUCCAAACACAAGUUCAUUUCAAAGCUCUUCACUUCCACUCUGCAUUGAAUGUCAUUGACAGGCGUGCGCGUACUUGUGGUUGCAUCAUCAUAUCCUAACAGUGAAUGUACUCUCAACAAUCCAUAGAUUGUGGAUUCCAAGCAAUACUCAUAUUGAUGAUCUAUAUACUCGAGUUUAUUCUUAGGCCCUCCAUUGUAUGACGUCAUCCUCACUCAUGUAUGUUCGCAUCUACAUAUCGUUUCAGGGAUUGAAUGUGAAGUCAAUCCCCGUUUUCAUUGCUUUACUGUAGCAUUUAACCCGCAGGAUUACAUGUCACGUCUUCUUCAUGGGCUCAUUGUUUGGAUUAUUUUGUGCCGUUCUUUUGCCAUUGUUCCGCCUCCAUGUUUGCCAUCUUCAAUGUCCUGAUGUAAAGUCUUGUGUACGCUGAGGACGAUUAAAACUGUCAAGGAUGAAAACCUGUUGCAAGUUUACUUAGGUGAGAGGUCAUGUGAUGUGAAACUGCUGCUAAGGCUCAGGUGGAUCUGCAUGGGGAUGGGACGGGCCACUUGUGACCCCACACUGGCGCCACAUACCCGGUAAAUGGACAAAACCGUCGUACAGAUUCACAGCAGUUUGGUUUGACCCUGGAUGUGUAUUAAAGCCAAGAUGCCAGCGAACGCCGGCUAUUAGUGAUGAGCUGAAGAGGCUUCAUGAAACAGUGUCAGCAUUUUCACAGCCCACUAGAUGGCACUGUCUGCUCUAAUAUCUUUGCAUUUAUAUGAUUUCAUUUCAUUUCAUUAAAACUGAUAGCGCCACCUACUGAGCUCUGAGAAUGAAGACACUGUUUCAUGAAGCCUCAUCACCCCAUCACUACUGGUCACGUACAACUUGAACAGUUUGCAACAAAUCUUGUUCAAAAGUUUUUAUUUAUUUAUUUAUUUUUUGCUCAUGUCCCACAUCAAUCCAGUCAUGUUGUCUUUUCCUCCCACAAAUCACACCCCCCCACACCUCAACCAUAUAUGUUGACAGGAUGGAAAAUGAGUCUUUGGAAGGAGUAUCAUUGCAAUGGAGACCCGGAGAGUUCAUGAUCCUUUCCUCAUGCUGUUGGUAUUAGAUCACUUCAUCACAUUCUCUCUCACAUAUUGACGGCUGUCUGGUAGACUUAUCGGUCCAAUGUUGGCACUGAAGCCUUCGCCAUUGCAUGUUGAUGCCGAGGCGUUUUGAAAUCACCGAAGGUUUCCCAUCUGUGGCAUUAAGUGGGAGGGGUCCAAAGGCCCGAGAGUGUCGACCGUAAGCUCUAAUUGAUACUUCACUUCUGAUGUUACUUGGUAUAUAUAGCACCUUUUAUGGCCUUGUGAUUCACUCGCAAUGUCAACAAGUGUGGCCCACAAGUGAAGCCUAGCAAGUGACCAACUUACCACGCACCAGUUUCACAAGCAUAAUACCUACACAAGCAUGGUGUGUGUGGCAUGGCUUAACCCUCACCCCCAUAUAUUUUUUCACAGUGAUGCACUGCAUGCACCGACGCUGCCUGUUUCCAUGAGUAGCCUCACGCAUCCAACACAGACGCUUGUGUUCAGUGUGAGUCCGGGGCGCAGAAGGUUGUUGUGAGUGGAGGUGGACUUGAGGAAAUAUAUAUACCAAGUGACAUGAAAAUUUACUUAAAAGUGCUGAACGUAAUGAGUGUCACUGUUGCUGCCCGACAUAUAAGGAAAUAUUUGGGGAGGGGAAAUUAAAAAUGACCUAAUAUGUCGACCUAAUAUGUCCUUCCAGAAUUUAGACUUUUUUCUUUCCUAAAAUGCCUGACUUUGCGGCAGAUUUAAAAAAAAAUAUGGUGCUUUUUAGCCUGAAAAAAAGCUCCAGGCUGCAAUGGCUUUAACAAAAUAUAUUUUAUUUGCAAGAAAAAGAGAAGUGUAUUUGAACAAAUAAUAGCCUCCCACCGCCAAAUGCUUUUGUGCGUACUAAAUUAAAAACUGAAAAUAAGUGCAUCAUGUUCAUGCUGACGUUCAAUGAGUAGUUUUGGGCUGACAGCGUGCAGUGAGCGCACGUUGUUUUGUAACAGAGCUCCUCACAAGGGCGGAGACUGGCGGACGUUUGGAUGGACGGAGUGUCAUGAGGAGAAAAGGUGGGGAAUAUUUGUAUCUGUGUGUGAGCGGAGUUGUUCAUUAAUCCAGCCAAUUAAAACAGCUCUACGGGGUCAGGAUGUACAGGGUCAGAAACAGCCUGGACUGGGAUGGAUCUGGAGGUCAGCCAUGUUUGUUUACGUCCAACCCGUAUAGUGUUCGGUGACGCUGCACCAGUAAGUUCCGCUUUUUACUUUGUCUAUUCUACAUUUCAUUCAUGGGAAUUUGGACAUUUAGGAAUGGAUUCAGGAUCAUUCACAUCCCAGAAGUGACCCUUGGUGGCAAUAUUUGGGGGCAAAUGUGAGCCUUUGGCGUCGCACAUGACUUCAUUUUUAAUCCCACCAAAAACUUAAUUGGUUGGAUUUACGGGAAAGUCGCAGUGAUUGGACAAAGCUGCAGCACCUCGCAGAACUCAUGGGGAUUGGUUGGAAUUGCGUUGUUUGGAAGCAAAAAUCCACUUCAUGAUGGUCGAUAUGUGACAGGAAUUCAUUUGAGCUGUUGACCCUUGUCUCUUGUUAAAGGUGUCAUCAAAAAAGCGACCGCUCUCCUUGCUUCCGUGAUGACAAAUGACUUUCUGUUUGGCAGUCUUGUUUGUUCCACUGUGUGUGUUUACAGCAGUGUUUGUGCUGCUGAAGAACCUGGUCAACAACAUGGGUGACUCACGUCCACUUUGUCCAUGAAGGAUCUGCUUUGCAGAAGAGAAGUAUCCCAUUGAGACGCUCUCUGAAGUCAAGUCUGAAAUCACAUGAGCUUUCACUGCUGCAACAGUUGUAGGGCUAAAGCUAGCACUAGCACCAAAGAGGAAUAGGAAUUUUCCCCCAACCCAACAGUACUGGGCCCAAGGAGUAGUGAGGGCCUCAUGAAGCUUCAUGAAACGGCGUCUUCAUUUUGAGAGCCCACUAGAUGGUGCUAAAAUCAUUGGAUUCCAACAACCAUUUCACUGAAACUUCACUUUAUUUAUAACCAAGAGCACCACCUAAGAGGACACUGUUUCAUGAAGCCUCAUGAGCCCAUCACUGCCAAGAAGUCCAACAUGACCCAACAAUAGUAUGUGACGUUUGGUUCCAUUGUGUCCAUCACAUGAGCAUCGGGUCCAACAUCUUCCUCCAUCCGACUCAUCCAACAUGCAGGUGAACACUAAGCAGCGACUGGUACACUGCCUGGUCCAGGUGCAGUCUGGAGAAACUGCCGACAAGCCCAGCGACUGUGUGGCAGCAUUUUUACACAAAUUAUUUUUGUGAGCUUGAAAAAGUGUUGAAAUAAGUUGGGUGCACAAAUAUUCAGAAAAG